ACCAGGUCUCGCUCAUAUCGACAUGAGCGCUACCUGACCCGUUCAAUGGAGAAAUUGACAUCCGCGUCACAAUGCAGACACGGAGGCUUUCAUCUCAUCUGGAUUCGCAGUGCCUUUCGAAGCCUGACUUGUGGUCUGCCUGUCCUUAAAAUCACGAUUAGUGGCUGUCUUGCAUCCAUGGUAUGAGCCAAAAAUAUUUUGAGGCCACACUACUUCUCCCAUGGAAAGACCACAGGUCGAUGUCCUUAAAAACUCAGUUCGUGUUGGCACAAGCAGCGAGAGAACCUCUCUCGCCCGCCCUCUCCACGCCCAGGACAUGCUACCUUCCAGAUGGGAGGUCGCUCAGCAGACUGGAGUGAUGGAUUCUGGCCUGGACGACGGAUCUGAUGCCUUGGAGGGUGAAGAGUUGGCGGAAGCUCUGGCGCGCAUGCACGGCGUCAGAAAUGAGAAAGACCAGGAGAAGAGAAUCAGCCUCUCUCUUCGACAAGUGCCUCUCUCGCGUCCUGAACAGCCUCCACGCCGCCCAAGAUCCCCCGGUGCCCUAGAUCGGGCCAUGAUGACGACCGGAGUCUUUGAUGACCACACAGAUGCCACAUUGGCUGAGUUCCAGGCGAAACAGCGCGAGCUGGAGGUCUGGAAGCAGGCAAUGCUGGCUGAUGGAUGGAAGCUGCCCCCAGGAGCUGUCAAGGUGAACUGGGCCAACCCGUUGGCUCCUUCCAGGCCAAAUUGGGCAGACGUUCUGGAGUGGAGGGCGCAGAAGAGAGCUCAGCCGCUGUCCGAGCAGAUGGAGACAGCUAGUGAGACCAGUGAGGCAAGCACGAAGGUGAAGCGGGUCGACUCUCUUGUCGAUCCAAGUGAGAGUGUCCUUCCCCUGCCAAAGAGGCGCAAGCUGUCUCCUCGAGACUCGACCACAGUCGGAGCUGCUCAGCCUCGCUCUGCGUCUGGAGUCGCUCGGGUUCGAAAUGCGGAAGCAGCGAAAGUGGACAAGAAACCCAAGCCCACUAUCAGACUUCGCAAUCCGAAGGCGAAGUCCGCUAAACCUGAGCCUGCACCACCUGCUCCAAGAUCAGGAGGACGCACAACGCGGACAUCGGUGAUGGGGAGCGCAACGAUGAGGGAGAAGAGAGAGGCAUAUCUCGCCAAGAAGCACGGUGACUGAGCUAAUGUCUCUACCACUGACGUAUUCUGGCGAGGCAGGGGCCAUGAAGAACCAUGUGCACGUGGACCAAGUUCUCACGUGGGAAUUGAGACCUGCAGCCGCUCGCAUCCGCGCCUCUACACAAAUGGAUGAUCUGAAUCCUGCUUCGGUAUCGUGAUCGCUGAUGCCAGGUGAUAUCUCGGUAAUGAUAGAUCCAGACCCGAUACUUUAGCUUCGAUGCCCAUCACAUUUCCCAUCACAAACUUCAAUUCCAUUGUCGUCCCUCUGCCAGCCUGAUUCGCCACGAUUCUGCCCAAUGUGCUUACUCUCUCCGACAUGCUUCACAUAUGCGACCUUUCCUCCCUCACCUCUUCGCCUCCUCCAAUUCAUCUCCGUAUUACUGACCCUCGGCCUCCAGACCCCUCCAUACUCUUCCUUACAUUCCCUCUCCGUUCGGAACCUCAAAAUAUCAUAAUCAC